ACCGGCAGGCGGAGAAGCAAGAACCUGGAAGUGGACCACCAUGGUGUCCAGCACCUUUUUUCUCCUGUGCUUGAUUGGGCUCAGCCACGAGGGCACACAGAAGGUUUUUAAAGGCACGGAGUGUAUCCCUCGCUCACAGCCUUGGCAGGUGGGGCUGUUUGAAGGUACACAGCUGCGCUGUGGGGGAGUCCUCAUCGACCGCCGGUGGGUUCUCACAGCUGCUCACUGCAGCAACAGCAGGCACUGGCUGAGCCUGGGGGAACACAGCCUCAGCCAGAUGGACUGGACCAAACAGAUCCGGCACAGUGGCCUCUCCGUGACCCACCCUGGCUACCAGGCAGCCCUGCAGAACCAAGACAAUGACCUCCGGCUUCUGCAACUGGGCAUCCCUGUUCUCUUGACCCGCAGCAUCCAGCCCCUGCCCCUGCCCACGACCUGUGCAGUGGCUGGCACCAAGUGCCACAUCUCGGGCUGGGGCACCACCAACCACACAAGGAAUAAGGGGCCAGACCGACUCCAAUGCCUUAACCUCUCUAUCGUCUCUAACGCCACCUGCCGGGCAGCGUUCCCCGGGAGAAUCACGGACAACAUGGUGUGUGCAGGCGGCAUCGCUGGGGAGGAUGCCUGCCAGAGUGACUCUGGGGGUCCCCUAGUAUGCGGAGGAGUCCUUCAGGGUCUGGUGUCCUGGGGAUCCGUGGAGCCUUGUGGGCAAGAAGGAAUCCCAGGGGUCUACACCAAUAUUUGCAAAUACGUGGACUGGAUCCGGAUGGUCAUGAGGAACAACUGACCUGCUCCCUCCACCUUCAUGCCUCAGCUUGGGGGCCACUCUGACCCUCAGAGCGCCAAUACCGCCUCCAUCAUCACCCCCAGCUCCCACUCUUCUUGGACUGGGGAUCUUCUUCCUGGAACUCCAACUCCAGCCAGCCCUUCUAAGGCCCAUGGUUGGGGGAGGAGGGA